UCUCCCGCCAAUAUGAAAACUCAAGCUGAAACAGUUCGCAUUCAGACACUUCGGAAACGACAACAACGAAAUCAACUGAGACGAACUGCUAAUCUUCUUCAACAAGAAUCCAACAAUCUUGUUUUCCAUACAGAUUCAUCUCUAUGGAUUUCAUCUGAAAUUACCAGUGACAAAGCUCCAGCCAAAUCUGAUGAAUCUGAUAUUCCCUCUCAAUUAAAAUCAUCAGCUUCCAAUAUUGUUGAGUUUGCAGAUGAUUCAACUCUCUCAUUUGAAGUCAUCAACAGCACCGUGAACGGCGAUGGAGCCGAAUCUGCAGAAGAAUCGGAAGGGAAAAUGAAGAUAGAUCUCCUCGAACGAUAUGGAACUGACUCGGAUCGGUUGAACUCGCUCCUGAAAAUCGGCGGCACGAGUAUCGAGGAUGACAUUGAUGAGCUUAUGUGCAAGAAGGCAAUGCACUAUACAUCUCCAAAAGCUAUUCGGAACUUGUUGUUUGGGGUCAGUCGUCCUACUUUAGGACAGAACGGAGGUUACAAUGAAGUUUGA